GCAGCGGCUGCCGCCCAGCCAGCAGCUCCCGACUCGCGGCUCGCCGGCGGGGAGGGGCACCAGGUGCCACGGGCCCACCCCGGGGCGUUCCCACCGCCCCCAGAUGUACUAUGCGGUUUCCCAGACGCGGGUGAACGCAGCGGUCCCCGCGACCAUGCUGCGGCCUCAGCGGCCAGGAGACGCGCAGCUCGGAACCUCACUGUACGAGCUGGUGGGCUACCGACAGCCACCCUCCUCUUCCUCUACCACCUCGUCCUCCCCAUCCACGAUGGGCUCCCUCCUCCCCAAGGCUGCUCGCGAGAAGCCGGAGGCUCAGAACGAGCCGGGGACCGGGGCGCACCCGGGGCCUCGCGCGGACUCCAAGGAGGAGCAGCAGCAGCAGCUGCGGCGUAAGAUCAACAGCCGCGAGCGGAAGCGUAUGCAGGACCUGAACUUGGCCAUGGACGCGCUGCGCGAGGUCAUCCUGCCCUACUCAGCUGCGCACUGCCAGGGCGCGCCGGGCCGCAAGCUGUCCAAGAUCGCUACGCUGCUGCUCGCCCGCAACUACAUCCUGCUGCUCGGGAGCUCGCUGCAAGAGCUGCGCCGCGCUCUGGGCGAGGGCGCUGGGCCCGCCGCGCCGCGCCUGCUGCUGGCCGGCCUGCCCCUGCUCGCCGCCGCGCCCGGCUCCGUGCUGCUGGCGCCGGGCGCCGUGGGACCCCCAGACGCGCUGCGCCCCGCCAAGUACCUGUCGCUGGCCCUCGACGAGCCGCCGUGCAGCCAAUUUGCGCUUCCAGGCGGAGGAGCAAGUGGUGGUGGCGGCAGCGGUGGCGCGGGUGGACCCGGUCUCUGCACCUGCGCGGUGUGCAAGUUUCCGCACCUCGUCCCAGCCGGCCUGAACUUGGCGACGAUGCAGGCGCAGUUUUCCAAGUGA